AUGGACCUUCAGAAUACUGUGAAGGAAGCCCUAAAUGCACUCUACCAUCACCCCGAUGAUACCGUUCGCAUGCAAGCCGAUCGCUAUCUCCAGGAUUUUCAGCGAACUUUGGAUGCGUGGCAGGUGGCUGAUAAUUUACUUCAUGAUCCGAGUAGCAAUCUAGAGACUUUGAUAUUUUGUUCUCAGACCUUGAGAAGCAAGGUUCAACGAGACUUUGAGGAGCUCCCUUCCACUGCGUUCCGGCCGCUGCGUGACUCAUUAAACAACUUACUAAAAAAGUUCCACAAGGGUCAUCCAAAAGUCAGAACUCAGAUUAGCAUUGCAGUGGCCGCAUUGGCCGUGCACGUGCCUGCGGAAGACUGGGGAGAUGGUGGAAUAGUGAAAUGGCUCAGGGAUGAGAUGGAUUCCAAUCCAGAAUAUAUACCAGGAUUCUUGGAGUUACUUACAGUUUUACCAGAGGAAGUGUUAAACUAUAAGAUAGCAGCUCGUCCUGAAAGGCGCCGUCAAUUUGAGAAAGAGCUUACUUCUCAAAUGGAGAUUGCUCUUAAUAUACUGACAGCUUGUUUGAGUAUUUCUGAGCUAAAGGAGCAGGUUCUUGAGGCAUUUGCUUCAUGGCUUCGCCUAAAGCAUGGGAUUCCCGGAUCUGUUCUCAGUUCUCAUCCAUUAGUUCUUACAGCACUGUCGAGCUUGAAUUCUGAGCUACUUUCAGAGGCAUCUGUAAAUGUGAUUUCUGAGUUGAUACACUACACUGCAUCAGGGAGCAUUGAUGGUGUUUCCACAAAUGUACCCUUAAUUCAAGUCAUUGUUCCUCAUGUUAUGAGUCUUAAAUCACAACUUAGUGAUUCUACGAAGGAUGAGGAAGAUGUGAAGGCAAUUGCUAGGUUAUUUGCGGACAUGGGCGAUUCAUAUGUGGAACUGAUCGCAACUGGUUCUGAUGAAUCAAUGUUAAUAGUACAUGCAUUGUUGGAAGUUGCUUCACAUCCAGAAUAUGAUAUUGCUUCUAUGACAUUUAACUUUUGGCAUAGUCUUCAGUUGACCUUAACUAGAAGGGAGUCCUAUAUAUCAAAUGGCAAUGAAGCAUGCAUUGAAGCUGAGAGAAAUAAUAGGCUACAGGUUUUUCGUCCGGCUUAUGAAUCACUUGUAUCACUGGUUAGCUAUCGGGUUCAGUAUCCUGAAGAUUAUCAAGAUCUUUUGUAUGAAGACCUUAGGGAAUUUAAGCAAACUAAAUAUGCUGUUGCAGAUGUAUUAACAGAUGCAGCAUCAGUUCUUGGUGGUGAUGCCACACUUAAAAUUCUGUACCAGAAACUUCUUGAGGCUGUAUCUGGCAAUAGUAAUAAUGAACAAAAGGAAUGGCGUCCAGCAGAAGCUUCUUUGUUUUGUAUUCGGGCUAUAUCAAACUACGUGUCAGUCGUUGAAGCAGAAGUAAUGCCGCAGAUCAUGGCCUUGCUUCCAAAGCUUCCUCAUCAGCCCCAGUUACUUCAGACAGUCUGCCUAACUAUUGGAGCUUAUUCAAAAUGGCUUGAUUCGGCAUCAUGUGGAGUGACUAUACUUCCUUCAGUUUUAGACAUCCUAAUGAAUGGAAUGGGUACAUCUGAAGAAUGCGCAGCUGUUGCUGCUUUGGCGUUUAGACACAUCUGUGAUGACUGCCGGAAAAAGCUUUGCGGAUGCUUAGAUGGUUUGUUCCACAUCUACAAUCGGACUGUUAGUGGUGAAGAUAGUUUCAAAGUUCCUGCUGAAGACUCAUUGCAUCUGGUUGAAGCCUUAAGUAUGGUUGUUACUGAACUUCCUUUGGAUGAUGCCAAGAGAGCUCUGGAGGCAUUAUGCAUACCAGUUAUAUCUCCUUUACAGGAAGCUAUAAAUCAAGGUCCUGAACACUUGAGUAAAAGACCUUCUCGUCAGUUAACAGUUCAUAUCGAUCGUUUUGCUUACAUUUUUAGAUAUGUAAAACAUCCACAAGUUGUGGCAGAUGCUAUCCAACGACUGUGGCCAAUUUUCAAAGCUAUUUUUGAUGUCCGUGCUUGGGACAUGAGAACAAUGGAAUCUCUUUGCCGAGCAUGUAAAUAUGCAGUGAGAACUUCUGGAAGGUUCAUGGGGCUUACAAUCGGUGCCAUGCUGGAAGAGAUUCAGAGUUUGUAUAGGCAGCACCACCAGCCAUGCUUCCUUUAUCUCUCUAGUGAAGUUAUAAAGAUAUUUGGAUCUGAUCCAUCUUGUGCUGACUACUUGAAGAAUUUAAUUGAGUCGCUUUUCCAGCACACAACACGCCUUCUCACAAAUAUUCAGGAAUUCACAGCCCGGCCUGAUAUAGCAGAUGAUUGUUUUUUGUUGGCUUCAAGAUGUAUUCGCUACUGUCCUCAGUUGUUUAUCCCUUCACCAGUUUUUCCUUCGUUAGUUGAUUGCUCUAUGAUUGGGAUCACAGUACAGCAUAGGGAGGCUUCCAAUUCCAUAUUGCAUUUCUGUUCUGAUAUUUUUGAUUUGGCGAACUCCACAAUGGGAGAGCAAUUUAUACCAAUCAGAGAUAGUAUAAUUAUUCCUAGAGGUGCAAGCAUUACCAGGAUUUUGGUUGCUUCAUUAACUGGAGCACUUCCAAAAUCUCGAGUAGACGUGGUGUCUUAUACACUACUGGCGUUAACUCGCUCAUAUGGGAUGCAAGCAUUGGAAUGGGCCAAAAAAAGUAUUAUGUUAAUUCCACCAACAGCUGCCACAGACUUGGAACGAUCAAGAUUCUUAAAAGCACUUUCAGAUGUGGCGUCUGGAGGUGAUACCAAUGGCCUAACUAUUCCUAUUGAAGAGCUCUCUGAUGUUUGCCGACGCAAUAGAGCAGUUCAGGAAAUAGUUCAAGAAGCUUUGAGACCGCUUGAGUUGAAUUUGGUGUGUGUAUCAUAG